AUGGUCAAGAAGCCCCAAACUACACUCGAUCAGUUACCUAUUGAAAGCAGACUCGCGAUUUUCAAGUACGAUGCAGAAGAUUGCAAGGACGCAAUUCACGGCCGAUUACUUCCGAAAUCUUUUGAUCACUGGGUACACCAGCUGUGUAUAGUUUGCGGCAUCAGAUGCCACUAUUGCUUUGCCCAGGAGCUCCGCGGGGUGACCCCAGAGUUCACCCGAGCCUUGAAUGCCCGAGACAUCAUGAGCGGUAUCAUUCCAACCAUCUCCGCCCUCGAUGAGGCUCCUUACUGUAUAUUGCAUCCCGAUGUCUCGAGCGAGGAUGCUCUGCGGGCCCUUGUUCAUCGAUACCCAUAUAUGAUCUAUCAUGCUGUGCAUGUCGCAGAACAAGCUGGUCAUGCAAGCAUCCAGAAAACCAGCAAGGGUAGCCAGGAGAUUUAUUGGCAUAUGCUCUCCCACCCCGCAAAAUUCGCAGUCAUAAACGACUACAAGCGGACGGUUGAUUUUGGGGAGCGUUCGAAUCACACCUUUGAAUGGCGAUACUGCUCCAGGUCAAAGUACUCUGCCUCUCAAAGUAUUCGGGCUGACAAGAGGCCAUGGAUUUCGAAUUGGAUUUACUUCAACAUUACCGAGGACUUCGGUAUAGAUGAUUAUGACUGCGAGGCGCCCAAGACACCAGAUGAUGAUUUGGCACUGAUAUAUAUCCCUCUGCCUGCAGAGCUCCCGCUCAUCAACAAGGAUAGUCUGAUCUAUGUUGUCGCGGGCGACAUUGACCGCCACGCACGACUUCGAACACCAGAGAUGCUCGAAGAUGAAAUUGGUAUUGUCAUACGGGGUAUCUACCACAAUGCAUUCUUUGCCAAAUACCUAGUGGGAUACGCAGAUUCCCGAACACCCACGUCCGGGGGGUAA